AAUUCUGCGACUCUAGAGGGCGCUAAGCAUCCCCAAACCUAAACAAAAAAUCGAUAUUCCAGUGAAAGCAGAGAGACUAUUGGAAAUUCGAGCAUCAAUUUAACGCGUAGGAGUCAAGCUAAGGAAUUGUCGCUAUAGAAACGCAAAUACGUCAAUUUUAUGUUAAUUUUUCGUUGUUUUCUCCAUAUGUGUUGCUAGUUCUCAUUAACAGGAAACGCCACUGUAGAGGGUUGUAUUUUUGUAUUUCACCUAUAUAGAGUGUAAACAAGCCUGGCCUCGGGCGCUAUCUGUGAGGCCGACAUUUACAUCACGACAGGACUGCGAUAAGAUGGAACGAAUGGCCACUAGGGCCAUGAUUAAAUUAACGUUGUGCGUGGGGAUAAUCCUCACGGUCCGGGGUGCCCCCCAGAGGAGAGACACCUCAAAAAUCCCCCUUAAAAUGCCUCAAGUCUCACCGAAAGUGAAAGAUACGUAUCUUUGCCACGCAAUAGAGACUAGUCAAAAGAACCCAACAUAUAUCACCGGGUUUGAACCAGAUGCCAAUAAAGACAUAGCACAUCACAUACUGAUCUACGGAUGCACGACCCCCGGGAGUCGGGAUAGCGUGUGGAAUUGUGGGGAAAUGGCCCAUACCACAGAAGAAUAUUCAACCGCAGGGGUAUGUGGGAGCGGAUCUCAAAUUGUGUAUGCCUGGGCAAUGGAUGCGCCUAGUCUCACAUUGCCGAAAGAUGUGGGCUUCAAAGUUGGCGGCGACUCGGAUAUCAAGUAUCUAGUCCUACAGGUCCAUUACAAGAACGUGGACAAUUUCCUACCGCCCAAGAAUGAGAAGGACAGUUCUGGUGUGACCCUCCUAACUACCAGCACCCCGAUGCCACGCUCAGCCGGUGUGUACCUACUGGGGACCGGCGGAAGUAUCCCCCCGAAAUCUGUGGAGUACAUGGAGACUGCCUGUGAACUGCGCGAGGACAUCGUGAUGCACCCCUUCGCCUUCCGAACACACGCCCACACACACGGUGAAGUGACCGCCGGAUAUCGUAUCAGAGACGGGAAAUGGACAGAAAUCGGCAGAAUGAGUCCCCACAAACCACAGAUGUUUUAUAACGUCACGAGUCCUGGUAUAGAGGUCCGCCAGGGAGACAUUUUGGCUGCUAGAUGCACAAUGAAAAAUGAUGAGUCAAGAACUAUCCAGAUUGGAGCUACCCAGAACGACGAGAUGUGUAAUUUCUACAUCAUGUAUUUUGUGGACGGAACACGAACCGCUGUAAACCACAACUGUUUCACGGCAGGACCGCCAUACUAUUACUGGGACAACUCGCCGCUUAAACACAAGAUGAAUCUCAAAGACGCCCCGCAAACAGCCAGUCUAAUUCCAGACAAAAACGUCUACCUCAAGAUCUCUUCUCCCUCACAUCCGGGUAUUUCGCAAAAGGAUGUGACGUUAGAUGAGAACCUACAAGACCGUCGCCUGGCACGUCUGCUGGACUACCUUAAUAAUGCGUAUGGCGAUCCCGACUACUAUCCACCAUUGUAGACACCACGUGUCUUCUCUGUUUAUGGGGCUCACUAUAUAAAGGGACUACUAUUUUUAUUUCUUCUUUAUUUUUAAGAAUGGGGCAAAGAAUACACACUAUAUAUUUUCCACUUUCUUAAUGACGUUCGGUUCAGCACAGUCGGUUAAGCGCACGCAUGCGUAUAACCCCCCCCCCCCCCCCCAAAUGGGUUAAGGACUGUCUGGUUGUUUUAUCUUUUUACUUUUUUUCUUUUAUCUUCAUAUGUACAGAAUUUUAGGAGUGCUUUUAAUGCCAGAUCUUGCAAAAUGCUGAAAAUUUUAAUGUAUGUUUUUAUAUUUUAAAACUUGAGCCACAGUUUUGCCAUCUUCGCUAGCCACGCGUUUUCGGUCCACUCUGUUCCCCUCUGUUGUUUGUGAGGAGAGUGCGGAUCAGAAACCCUUGACUUGGGAAGAUGCAGUUUUGCCCUUACUAAUCUAUUGUGUCCCAUUCGUCCUAAAGUGUACAUCCUAAAACGAAGGUCAAUUCUGUCUCAGUAAGGAUCCUUAUUUGAUAUCAUGGGAGAAAAAACGAAUUUGACAUAUAUAAAAUUUACUGCUUUUUUAGCGACAAGUGUUCAUUAUAUUUUGAUGUUCAAAUGAAUGUUCAAGGGACAAUUUGGUAUUGUUUAUUAUUACAAUGUUUAUUUCAAUGUUGGAUAUGUUUAAAUGUUUUAAAUAAAGUUUUCAAAAACUGCA